AUGCACAAUUCCACACAAUACUGCACCUCGACUCGGACAACGUCCGGACUUUUGGGUGAAACUGUUAGCUGUACGGAGGACGACAUCCUCACUUCCGCCAAGCAGGAUCUCCUUGUCAACACCAUGAUCCCCGCUGCUGUCAAGAUGCACCAGGAACGUCUCAUGGUGCAGCCUCUCAGCAAAAUCACGGUGGAACCCUUUGAUGACAAGAUCUGUGGUUCGUUCUCUAUCCCCCAGCAGGUCCUCACCAACGGCGUAUCGGACGCUGACUUUGUCCUGUUCGUUGCCGCCGGACCCGUGAGUGGGAACACCGUUGCGUGGGCCACGACCUGCGGCUACGGCACAGACGACCGUCCGUUGGUGGGCGUCAUCAACGUGAAGCCAGAGUACAUCGACGGGUCGGACCAGUCCAUUCGCACCGUGGCCCACGAGAUCAUGCAUGCCCUCGGCUUCACGAACACGUUUACGUACAAAAAGAUGACAGCAACCGUGACCCGCCUGCGUGGUGCCCCCAAUGCUCCUGUGGUCGACUCUUCCAACGUUGUUCAGCGCGCUGGGAAUCAGUUCAACUGCAGCAGCGUCUACGGGAUGGAGCUUGACAACACCGGAUGCUUUGGGAAUGCUGGUUCACACUGGACUGUCCGGAACGCGAUGCAGGACAUGAUGUGCGGCUGGCCCCGACCGUCAAUGCAGUACAGUGCCAUCACCAUGGCUGCGAUGGAGGACCUGGGCUUCUACAAGCCCGUGUACGAGAAAGCUGAGUACAUGGAACUGGGGCUUUUGGAGUCGGUUGCGGGCUGCUAA